CUUCGAUGUGCGACGGGUCUCCCGUCUCGUCCUUGCAAUUGCACCCAUCUUCCGUCGGGUAGACGGUCAAACGAAGUAUUUGUUCCCCCGACAAGCACGCGUCUUCCCUCAUUGGACUACCCUAUCGCGCCUUCCCAGCCGCGGCCCACAUCGAACUCGAAUACGUUUCAGCGCCUCGCAGCGCAAGGACGCCCGUUCUUCCUCGAAUUACAGGUACCUUUGAGGCGUGCCACAAUCACCCUGUGACAUCCGCUUCCUGACAUUCACUGCAGCCUACUCAAUGAUAGAGGAGCAGGCUCCAGGGCCGACGCUGCCACCCUUCGGCGACCCCACCUUCGCGCCGGCAUUGUUCUCACUUGUCCGCGAUGCCGCACCUCUGAAUGCACCGGUCGAUCCUGUUAUCAUACAGGCCAUCCUUCUGUGUCUCAUCUGCGGGAACAAGCAUCUCAUUCUGCGGACAGCACCUGAGGAUGUAUCCAUCGCGGCAAAGGCCGCUGUUGCUACACUCUCGGCCAUCUUUGGGCUCACCACCCAUCGAUUGAAGCUAGCUUCACAUCGUCAUGGUCCAGCGUAUCCGGGACCUGAUGACACCGCGACCUUCCUACGCUCUCUGUUCCUUCCAUCCGCCCAACGAACGAGCACUCACUACGACACCGUCUACACCAAGCGUGCCCACGCCCGCAAGAAGCGACGCUCGAGUGGGAGUAGCAGCCAGCGACCCAGCCUGCACCACUGGCGUGCCUCCCCUCGUCCGCCGACGCCCCAGUCCCCGCUCAAGAAUAGCGUGGCACUGCCGCCUCGCAUCCCUUCGAAUGAUGUUGAUAGCCAGUCUGCCGAGGAUCCGUUUGCGACCUUCGGACGCAGCAAAGGGGCAGCAAAAGACUCCCGUCCGCUGAUAAUACGGCCCGUACCGCACGCGCAUUCAGACCCGCUCCCUCAGCCGAGCGCGACAUUGGAGGUGCCGGAGGCACUCGUGAUUACAGGGCUGGAGGCGGCGGACUCUGCACUACAGCGAGCCUUGCAGCGCGUUAUGACGGAGAAGCGCGUGGUAAUGGAGGAGUCCCCCGAAGUCUGGGGCCGAAGGUCGUCGACACCUACCGGGACGAUGUUCCAUGGAUCACAAACAAUAUAUGACUGCCCCGACGAGUUCAUUGCGGUCUAUGUCUGCGCUUUGGAGCCGUACGAACGGCCUGCACUGCUUCGCUCCCUACUGGACAAGUUCUCCAUGAGCGUCAACCUCACGCUACAUCCGAACACGAGACAACUGCUCAAGAGUACACCGUCGCAAUCCACUCCCGCGUACGGCACUUCGCCUACGUCGACACCUCGAUCCAUGACCAACAAUGCCCAGAACUGGUCCAACUAUCCACCCGCCCUCCCGCCGACGCUACUAGCCUCGAUGCGCCGCGCUUGUGCGCGCGCGACAAUCUCCCCGGCUCUCGAACUCUACCUUCUGGACCUCUUCGCCGCCACACGACACCACCCCGAGCUGGACGCAAUGCUUCUGACGGCGACAUGCCAAACCGAGGCGGCGCUCUUCGCGCGCGCGGCCCGCGUGCUCGGGCGGGAUCUUACCGGAAUGGAGCUACUGCAAACGGCGCUGGACGCCGGGGAUGAGGGCGCCAGCGGGAGCCUCACGAUUGACUAUCGCGGGGAGGCGGCGCUGGUGGACCCUUUUAGGGAUAUCCAGGACGACGAGGAUAGGGCGCUGGACGUGAGCGAUGCGGAUGUGGCGCGCAUCUUUCCGAGGGUGGUUUCGCAUCGGCUGAGCACGAGAGCAGGGCCUGAAGAUGAGGUCCUUGGGAGUGUCGCGUAUGGUGCGGUGGGCGUAUGGCCGGCGGCGGAUGGUGUGUGGAAGGAGGGGAGGUCAGUGAAGGAUGUGCUGAUCAAGAUCUUGGGCGACGUAUAAGCUCAAUCUCAUUCCAUCUUGCUAGACUCUAUUCUGUGUAUACCCUGCGUACUUCUUACAGCAUCGUAAUCCUCAGCUUCCUCCUGGACUGGACUGGACUGGAAUUCAUGACGGUCACUAUCGAGGGACGAUUCAGUGAUUGGUGUCGGGUCAGGUGUCGCAGU